AUGGAGGUAGGAGAAAGCCUGAAAGAACUUAACAUGACAGCGGACGAAAUCAGCAGAUUCACUAAGGCCUUUAAAGACGAGAAAUUCAGGGAAAUGCUGCACGACUACGCACAAGAAAUAUCAGACCCUGCGAAUAAGAAGAAGUAUGAAGAAGAGAUCACACUUCUGGAGCAGGAGAGAGGAAACAACAUCGAGUUUAUCCACCCGGAACCAUUCAGGGCUCUCAAGACGAGUUUGAACGGCAAGCAGAAGUGCUACAUCAACAUCUGCGCUAAUGAAAAGGUGGGUAAACCCGAAUGUAAGUGGGGGGUGUCUGAGGAUGGACGCCGAGGGCAGUGCUGGUCCCUGCCUCACAGUCUGCACCCCGGGAGACAAGACACAGACCCAAAGGGAAACAAAAUCAUGAUUUAUGAUGUUAUUUUCCACCCUGACACCAUUCACAUAGCAAGGAGAAACACCAGAUUCAUGGAUAUGUUGGACAACACAGCCAUUCAGGGGAUCCAGGAUGCUUUCAAGGUGACUCUGGACAAAAGCAAUGUGAGAGAGAUGAGCACCAAAUAUAAAGGCACACCUCAGGCUUGUGUCAUUCGAAAACCCGUACCUGGAUAUAAAGCCAGAGUACCCUCCGAGCAGCCUGACCCUCUUGCCUUCCCAUACCCAGAUGAAAAAAAAAGACCUACCACAUCCCUUAAAACAAAAAACAGCAAACCUAUCCAGCCUCAAACAGCCAAAGGACCCACCACGCCAAACUAUACAGUGAAAUACAGAUCACUCAUCGAUCUGCAGGACUUCAGAUGUUCCAGAGGCUCAGCAAAGAGUCCCAGGCCCAAAGCGAUUGUGGUCACCAUCGACUUGCCGCUUCUGAAGUCGGUAAGAGACGCCAACCUUGAAGUAAAAGAGAAAAGCCUGCUGCUGGAGUCCAAGAAGCCUGCAUACAGACUGGAGCUGCCCUUAGCCUACCCUGUGGACGAGGAUAAAGGAGAGGCACAGUUCAACAGACAGAGAGGACAGCUGACUGUCACACUGCCCGUUCUUCCUUCUAAGGAGGUGUUUGAUUUCACCGUAGGGACAGCUCAGGCUGUUAGUGAGGAUGAGGAGGAGGAGAAGGAAGAUACAUUAAAGGGGGAGGAGAGGGAAGGCAACAAAUGUGAGGAGGAGGAGGAAGGAAAAGUGGAAGAGAGGGGCUUGAAGCAACAGAAGAGGGAAGUGGAGAAAAGUAAAGAAGAGGACAAUAAAUCUGAGGUGGAAGAGGAGAAGCAGCAAAAUAGGGAAGCUGAGAAAAGUGAUGAGAUUCAUGAAAGCAGAGUGGAGGAGGAGGAGGAGGACAAAUUGAAAGAGCAGAAAAGUGAUGCUGAAGAAGCUGUGAAACCAAACCAGCAGGAUGAGCUAGAUGAUGAAAGAGAGUUACAUAACAAAUUGAAGGAAGAAGAAAAGACAAGAGAGACUAUAGAUGAAUACCUGAAGGUGGAAACCAUUACAACACCUCCAAACUACACACACAGUGAGGAAUCCCACACUGCUGUUGUUGUUUCCGAGCGGGCAGAGUCCAGCGAAGCGCCUGCAGUGGAUAAAGCAAACAAGUCAAGACUAGGAGGCAACAGGGUCGUACACUUCUCUGAGGAGCCCAGUCAGAUCUCGGACAACGGCUCAGAGGAGGUAGAUGAAGAUGACCUGCCGACAGAGCACAACAUCCAAAACCCAGAGCCUGAUAAAAAGCAGCCGCCGCCUGUCUUAUUGAGGGAAAUUGAUCAAGAUGGAAAUGAGACGGUCGUCAGCGAUCACUCCACAUCGGCUGGGUUCAUCUUCCAAAACUCCCUCCUGUAUGAACUGGACUGA